UGGACGCCGGAUUAAGGAGUCACGCUUUCAGUUUUCUCCUGGUAAUUCUCGUGCUGUGCCGUUAAAUUUGCAUUGUGUCUACGAGAAUAUUCUACGAGAAUAUUUUCCCGUCUACAAGAAAAUUCUUAUCUGUGUUCGAUGUGCUUUUGAUUGUGUUAUCUUCGAAGUUUCAUACGGAAUCUGAUGAAAACUUACAUAAAACACGGAGUAUGAGGGUGAGCACAAGAUCCCAUUCGUUAGUGAAGAGGUUCGACGGGAUUUACACGGGGCCGUACUUCGACUCAAACACUCCCACGAACAUCACGGCCCAGCUGGGGAGUCAUGCUUACCUGCCGUGCAAAGUGCGACAGCUCGGUAAUAAAUCGGUGUCGUGGAUCCGAAGAAGGGACUCGCAUAUCCUCUCGGUAGAUAGAACCAUGUUUAUCCCGGACGAAAGGUUUCAAGCGCUUUUCGUAGAUGCGUCGGACACUUGGACCCUGCAGGUUAAGUACGUGCAGGCACGCGACGAAGGCGAGUACGAGUGCCAAAUCUCGACCGACCCGAAGAAGAGUCACAUCAUCAAGCUCAACAUCGUCGUGCCAAAGAUCGAGAUCAUAGGCGACCGCGACAUGUACGUGAAGACCGGAAGUACAGUUGCGAUACGAUGUGUGAUCAAACAAUCUCUCGAGGGCCCUUUCUACGUUUUCUGGUACCACGAGGGUGAUCGCGUUUUGGACUACCAAUUGAACAAGAUCGAUAUCCAGACGAAGAGGAUCGAUCACGACACAAUCAGCAGUCUCCUGAUCCAUAAAGCGAGGCGGGAAGAUUCGGGAAAUUACACUUGCAGUCCGAGCAGUUUGGACAGCGCGAGCGUGCAGCUUCACGUGUUAAAUGGGGAGCAUCCUGCAGCGAUUCAAAGAGGGAUCAGCUCGGCACCGGGUGGUUGUCCAACGUUAUGGUGGCUGGCAGGCGUCGUGACGCUUUAUUCGAGUCAUGGUAGCCGCCUGUUCGUCCUCGCCCUUCUGAUCCUCAUGGUCCUCUACUCGAAGAAUCCAUCUUACUUCGCGCCGGAACGAUAAUCAGAAACAGGAGCUGGACUGUGUCGAAAGAUGAUCGAUUAUCUCCUGCUACGAGACCCGGAAGGCGCCUCGAGGGAACGUUACAUCAAGAGGAGACGAGGGAAAGUGCACGCGGAGGGCUUCUUCGGAAAAAAAGACUUCGUGGCAAGGUGGACGAUGAAGGAAGAGAGAAGUUGAUCGAGGGAACGAUGGAAAACCGCGAGAGAACAGCGCGACGAGAAACUACGUGUUCACGUUCGAAGAUAACUGAGAGAAAUAUCGAAAUCCUUCAACCGAAUAAAAUAUAGCCGAAUUUUAUUAUCGAGUUCGUUUGUCGAACAGAAAAAAAAAAUGAUUUCGAAUAAGUGCCGGUUUUCUUCGUUUACGCGGCUCAGUGAUUGAAUUUCGUCGAGAAAUUAAAUGUAUAUUCAGAAAGGAGAAAUCUUCACAACGAAGGAUCGAAACUCCUGCUUUUCGAACGACUCGAUCCACUAUCAAUUAUAGGGAUCCGUGAACGACGUCGAUCGCGGGCAUCUCAACGACGAUUCUACUCUGUGAACGUGUUUAUAAAGGAAAUUCAGGAUAACGCACGUGUGUCGAGAUAGUAUGAUCCGGCCGUUAGAAAUUAGGGGUUAAUUAAUCUCGGGGGGAGAUUACUCGUGAUAUCGGUGCGAGUUCUUCACGCGGUCGAAAAGUGGUUACUUAUGGUCGAGCGAUGGACAAAACGAAACGACACGAAGCUUGCGAACACCCUCCCUCUAAUCCUCACCUUCAAAAGCGGGACAACAAGACGAAUUUUUUAUAGGAAUUAUACAUAUAAAAAUAUACGAUCUUCCAAUGUGUAUUUCAAACACGCGCGAUAUAGAACCUUUUAUACCCUCGUUACGCAUCCUCCAUCGUUCUAUAACGAAUCAUUCUAACUGAUCGCUGAAUCGUCAUACGAAAUCAUUGUACAUAUUUGCCUAUAUAAAAAGUAACACCGUCGUGUUAAAUGAUCGUGUAAAAAA